GGAGGCUACGGUACUGGGAGUUACGGUUCGAGUUACAGUAGUCCAUACAGCAGAAUGGGCGGUUACGGCAGCUAUGGUUCUUCCUUGGGUUCCUAUGGCUCCUACGGAGGCGUGGGUAGUUAUGGCGGUUUGGGGAGUUAUGGAGGUUUAAGUUCCUAUUCUCCUUACAGCCGUUUUGGUAGCUAUGGAAGUAGUUAUUCACCGUACAGUCGAUUGGGUUACGGCGGAGGAGGCAUGUAUGGCACAGGAGGCAUGUAUGGCGGCCCUGGUGGUCCCGGUGAUGAAUUCAGUUUAACACAGCGGAUGGAGGCUGGUACUCGCGCUACUUUUGAAGUGAUUGAAUCCAUUGUUGGUGCCUUUGGUGGAUUUGCCCAGAUGCUUGAUUCGACUUUUAUGGCAACCUAUUCCAGUUUUAUGGCGAUGGUCGGCAUGGCGGAACAGUUGGGCUAUCUGCGCAAAUAUCUCGGCCGUAUAUUCAGUAUUUAUACAUGGAUUCGAUUCAUUAAACGGUUGUUCUACAAAUUGCGGGGUAAAGAGGUGCCACCUGAAUUGCAAGACAAUGACUUAUCGGAGGAGGAGAAACCCUCCCCACCACGUAAAUCCUACAAACGACGUGUGGUGCUCUUUUUAGCCGUGGUUCUUGGUAUACCCUAUGCCAUGUAUAAAAUUAUCCAACGUUCCAACCGCCAAAAAGCCGGUCCGCACCCAAUGAUGCUCCAAGGCCCAGCCAUGCCGCAACAUCCACCGGAAAUGGCUACGGUCCUCUUUGAUUUUGCUGCGGAAUCCCCAGUUGAACUCACUUUACAUCGUGGUGAUACCGUUCAAGUCCUUUCAAAAACAGAUCCUGGUACGGGGCUUCCAAGUGAAUGGUGGCACGGAUGCCUUCCCAACGGUAUGACCGGUAUUUUCCCCAGUAAUUAUGUUCAGAUCAUACCGCCACCGUCAAUGACCGCAUCAGCAAGGAAACAACAGUAA